GGCCUGAGGCGGCGUAGUCGCCUCAGGCUUCGCCAGGGGAGCGCCUCGGGGCCGGUGAGCCGCCGGACGUUCUGGCCCCGCCAUCGACGGGGACCGUGGCGCGGCCGGAGCGGUCCCUGAGGGCCGAGGGGAGGGUUUCUCGGGUCCCCACGAGCGCCGGGCCUGGCACGGCCCUGGCGGCCUGUGUGGGGCCGCGGGCCCUCAGGAGGGAGGGUGAGGCCCAGGCCCUGGCAUCCCUUUCACGCUCUCCCUUCCCCAAUCUGGGCGGGCGCCGCUCUCCGUCAGCCUCCCUCCCCCAGGGGUGGGCCGAGCUGGCCUCGGGGGAAGGGCGUAUCAGGCCCCCGGCCCCCGCCGAGGUCUCCUAAUACAUUACAACACAAUGUCAGGGCAGUUCUGUGACGCAGGCCCGGCGGGGUUCUGGAGAGCCGUGGGCCCAGGCGCUGUCAGGAGGGCGCAGCUAAAAAAAAAAAAACCCGAAAAACAAAUCGAUCUAGUGGCUUCUCCCCUGCCGCUGCGCCUGGGCUAUUUUCUUGUUGACUGGGCCUCGGCCCGCCCCCGCCCCCUGUGGGAGCCCCCCUGGGCGCCCGAGGUCCAGGCUUUUGGUUUGGGCAGGUGGCAGAUGAGGUGGUUUUUACUGAGAGAGGGGAUGUUGGAGGAAGAGGCUUGUUCGAGAUUCUGUUCUCUGGUUCAGUGUGAGACGCCUGGAUGCGACCUGCUCCUGCCUGGAAAAUCUCAAGCCCCCAGGUUUUCAGUGCGCGCCUGAGGUGGCAGUUUAUAUAAAGGAAGCACUGGGACCUGUGGCCACACCCUUCAAGAAUAAAAAAAUUUAGAAAAUGGAACCACCAUGUAUGUUAUGUGAAGAACAAGAGUCAGAACCACAGAAAAGCACAGAAGAAACCAAACAAGUAGACGAUGAAGAUGCUGAACUGAUCUUCGUUGGGGUGGAACAUGUAAAUGAAGAUGCUGAGCUGAUCUUUGUUGGGAUGACCUCAAAUUCAAAACCAGUCGUUUCAAACAUAUUGAACAGAGUUACCCCAGGUUCGUGUUCAAGGAGAAGACAGUCUGGUCACGUCAGAAAAGAUAAUGCUCACAAAUUGCGGCCUGUAAGUCAUGUGAUGCCUACAUCAGAAGCAAUGACUGUCUUACCAGUUUCUGACUCUGAGUCAAGAUCAACAGAUAGUCCUAUUAUUAUUGAGCCUUUGUCUAAACCUGAUUAUAAAAAUAAUUUACUACAAGUCGUGCCUAUUAGCUCUUCAGAGUUAUGUUCUCCUCCUUUGAUUACCUUCACAAGUUCAUUGCAGCAUCCAGUAGGAGCAGCACUUUCUAUAGGAGGUAUGAAUAAAAGUCCUCGUGUAACAAAACGACUUUCCACUUCUGAAACAAAUAGCACAAAUCCCCAAAGGCCUAAACUCAGUAAUGGAAUCUUAGGGGGACACUCUUUAGCUCUGGCCCCUUCAGGUAUCUUUCAUACAAUGACAGCUCAGCAAAGCACACCCUCAGACAGUGUUCAUACCUCAUUAAGCCAUGUUCAGAAUGGAGAACCUUGUCCAACAGCUUUUCCAAAGGACAGUGUUCAUUGCAAGCCUGUAAGUCCUUUUGGGGAAAACGGACUGGCAAAAACAGACUUUUCGAGUCUAACAAGUCAAAACAAGACUGUUGAUCCCACGAAAGGAAAUCUGAUCGUGUUACUUCGUGACUUUUACUAUGGACAGCAUACAGGAGAUGGGCAGCCAGAACAGAAGACUCACACAGCCUUUAAAUGCCUCAGCUGCUUGAAAGUUCUAAAAAAUGUCAAGUUUAUGAAUCACAUGAAGCACCAUUUGGAACUUGAAAAGCAGAGGAGUGACAGCUGGAAAAACCAUACUACCUGCCAGCACUGCCACCGCCAAUUUCCCACUCCCUUCCAGCUGCAGUGUCACAUUGAAAGUGUCCAUACUUUCCAGGAGCCCUCUGCAGUCUGUAAAAUCUGUGAGUUGUCUUUUGAAACAGAUCAGGUUCUCUUACAGCACAUGAAGGACAAUCAUAAGCCUGGUGAAAUGCCCUACGUGUGCCAGGUCUGCAAUUACAGAUCGUCAGCCUUUGCUGAUGUAGAAACACAUUUCAGAACAUACCACGAAAACACUAAGAAUUUGCUUUGCCCAUUUUGUCUUAAAAUUUUCAAAACUGCAACACCAUACAUGUGUCAUUAUAGAGGACACUGGGAAAAGAAUGUUCACCAGUGUUCCAAAUGCCGGCUACAGUUUUUAACUUUCAAGGAGAAAAUGGAGCACAAGACCCAGUGUCAUCAAAUGUUUAAGAAGCCUAAGCAACUGGAAGGAUUGCCUCCUGAAACGAAAGUUGUUAUCCAAGUGUCACUGGGACCUCUUAAACCAGGAUCAGUGGAAUUAGCAUCCAUUACUGUGAACACAUCUGAUUCUGAACCUUCACCCCCCAGGUCUAAAAGUAGAAUUUCAAAAAAACCCCAUUAAUUCUACUUUCAGUAAAUCUGAAGCAAAUACUUCAAAGUUAAAAACCCCACUAAAAACAAAAAAUCCAAAUCAUAACAUUAUUCAAUAACAUCAAAUAUAGUGAGACCAAUGGAUCAUUUAUGAGGUUUUUCUAAAAACUCAUGAAGUACAAUAUUGUUUGAUCUGAAUUUUGAGAUAUUAUUAAAAAAUAUAUUACCUGA